AUGUUAUGUCAGGACUUAUUCUCGGCAGGAACUGACACAUCAUCAAUCACCGUAGAGUGGGCCCUGGCGGAGCUGAUUCGUCAUCCUAACAUACUGGUCCAAGCCCAAAAGGAGUUGGACUCGGUCGUUGGAAUGGAUCGGCUCGUGACGGAAUCGGAUCUACCCAAUCUCCCAUACCUACAAGCCAUCAUCAAAGAAACGUUUCGUCUUCACCCAUCAACGCCAUUAUCGCUCCCACGAAUGGCCGCCGAGAGCUGUAAGAUCAACGGCUAUUACAUUCCAAAGGAUUCCACACUUCUCGUCAAUGUAUGGGCCAUUUCACGUGACCCAGCAAUUUGGCCCGAACCGCUGGAGUUCCGACCCGAGAGAUUCCUCCCUGGUAGUAAACUGGCCCAUAUUGAUAUUAAGGGGAACGAUUUUGAAGUUAUACCCUUUGAGGCAGGGCGUAGAAUAUGCGCAGGGAUGAGCCUUGGGUUGCGAAUGGUGCAGCUCUUGACUGCUACUUUGGUCCAUGCAUUUGAUUGGGUCCUACCGGAGGCCCUGUCUGCAGAGAAGCUGAACAUGGAAGAGGCUUAUGGGCUGACCUUGCAAAGGGCCAUGCCUCUUAUGGCGUUUACACGCCCAAGGUUGGUCCAACAUUUAUAUGGCACCACUGUUAGAGCUUGAUGUAAUAAUGUUUGCUUCCUGUUUAUCCUUUAUAAGUUUACAUGUCUUUGGAGGUGCAGAUGUAUCCAUAAAUGUUGGGGGAUUUGAAACUUC